CGCGCGCGUGCUUCCGUGCGUGCGUGCGCGUGCCUGCGUUCGGGGCGUCCUGGGCAACUGCUCCAGGCUAAGCAUCGCUUGGCUUCCUUAGCGACGGACCGGAGUCGAAGGCGUUAGGGGAGGUCCUGGCGGAGGCUCUCCUCGGAGGCCUUGUGAGGCUACGUUUGGAGAAGAGCCAAGUCGACCAACAUGGCGAAGGGGAGAGGGAAGCAGAGAGGGAAGAAAGGCAAAGAGAAGAAAGACAAGAAGCUGACAAAAAGGGAAGAAAUAGAAGUAGAGAGAGCCAAGGCUAAUGCUGCCCUUUGGGAAGCCAGAUUGGAAGUCUCAGAAAUAUCGCGGGAUGGAUAUCGUGAGGCAGUUCGGAGACUGGCACUAUGUAAUGAGGACUUGAAGAGACAGCAGUACAAAAUGGAGAAAGAUACAAUGGCUGUAUUAAGCUACAUAAAGAAGCAAGACUUGGAAAAAGAUCUUUUGAUUGAACAACUGAAACAACAGAUAUUAGAUGCAAAUGACAAAUCCAAGAUUGACAGGGAAAUUCUGCAAGAACACUACUCUGUAAAAAUUAAUGAGUUGGAGGGGCAAUACAAUCAAAAAACUAAAGAAAUUGGCUUAAUUCAGAUAGAACUGAAAACAAUAAGGCAGUUUCAAAGGAGGAAAACUCAAAUAGAAAGAGAAUUAGAAGAGCUAAAGGAGAGUUUAAGAAAUUCAGAGAAGAGGCAUCAAGAGAUUCUUCGAAGGUUGGAAGGCAGAUUUUUUGAAGAAAAGUGCCGACUAGAGAAAGAGGCUGAGAAGAAGAUAGUCAUGCUGGCAGAGAGAGCCCACCAGGAAGCCAUUGUUCAAUUGAAUGAUGCUGGGAGAGCUGUAUUUAAAGAGAAUGUCCGUCUUCAGAAGGCUCUUGCUUUCCAUGUGAAGGAAGCCAAUGAUCUACAGAUAAACACAGAUAAGUUGCAAGAGAAUCAAACUGUGCUCCUACAACAGAAGGAAACCAAUGAGCUGUUGAUUAGGGAAAAGAUUAUGCAAAUAACUCAGCAUAGAGCCCAGAUUCAGUGUCUUCAGAAGAAAGUGGAACAAUUAGAGACAACCUUGGGUUAUAUGACUGCUGAGUUUGAGACUGAAAUUAAAAAAAUCCAGGAGCAAGCAUUUAUAGAGAACCAGGCAAGCCGGGUGGAAAUUAACAAGCUGGAACAGGUCCUCGAGAUGAAAGACAGAGAGAUGAAUCGAGUAAAGAAGUUGGCCAGGAACAUCCUGGAUGAGCGAACGGAAGUGGAAAGGUUCUUCCUGGAUGCUCUGUACGAAGUGAAACAACAAAUCGUUCUUAGCAGGAAGAAUUACAAGCAGAUGGCCCACGCAGCUUUUAAUUUAAAAAUGAGAGAGGCUUAUGCAGGAAGAACGGAGUAUCCCAGAAUCCGGACAUUUGAUGGCAGAGUCCACAGCACCAAUAGUGUAAACCAAGAUCUUAGGGAGGCAGAGAAAUGGACAAACAUUAAAAAAGGAAUGGAUGUGGAUAUUGGAGACUUGACAUGGGAACAGAAGGAAAAAGUUUUGAGGUUACUCUUUGCAAAAAUGAAUGGUUGUCCUCCAAUGAAACAUACAAAAUCGUCUAUCCCUCCAGUUCCAGACUAUGUUACUCUCACCACAAGAAAAAACACUUUGAGGGAAGAUUGCAAUGUCCAGGAUCAGACCUUCAUCACCCAGCAAGUUCUGCUCACAGAAUCUAGUGGUCUUGUCCUUCCUGAUAUUCAAAAAGGACCGGAUCAUAGUGUAUCAUAG